GGCAUCAAUACAGAAAAGUCCUCUGUUUCGUGCUGGGAUCCUGCAGUUGCCUGAGUGCCAGGGAAUCAGUGCAACCGACUCAGGACAGGCAGAAUGUCUGGGGACCAAAGGAGAAGACGGGUUGGAAUUGUGGGCUAUGGACAUCUAGGCCAGUACCUGGUGAAACGGCUACAAGAUGACGGACUCCGACACGGGCUGGAGCUGGCCUUUGUUUGGAACCGGGACGCCAAGAAGCUGGUAGGGAAAGUGCCAGAGAAGCUGCAGCUGGGGAAGCUGACUGACUUCUUGGAGUGGCGGGCUGACAUCAUCAUCGAAGUGGCCCAUCCCUGCAUUGUACAAGAUCAUGGGGAGUCCUUUUUGAAAGCUGCAGAUUUCAUGGUGGGAUCGCCAACGGCCUUGGCAGAUUUAGACACCGAGCUUAAGUUGCGCAAAGCUUCAAGAGAGGCCGGGCACACCCUCUAUAUCCCCAGUGGGGCUCUAUGGGGUGGACAAGACAUCCAGAGGUUGGAUGACGGAGGGAUGCUUCAGGCAUUGACUGUUACCAUGGUGAAACACCCCAGCAGCUUCCGACUGGGUGGGCACCUGGGGGAGCUUGCGAAGGGUGCCCAGCAGGAACGCGUGGUCCUCUACGAUGGCCCCGUGCGGAGAUUGUGUCCCUUGGCUCCGAACAACGUCAACACCAUGGCAGCAGCCUGCAUGGCCGCCCCCAGCCUGGGCUUCGACGGUGUGAAAGGCUGUCUUAUAGCUGACCCCAACCUCCCCGAUUACCAUGUGGUGGAGAUCGAGGCCACUGGACAAGGCGGCUUCUCCGUCAGCACGAAGCGCAAGAACCCAGCCGCCUGUGGGGCCGUUACAGGGGCGGCCACUUUUGUGGCUUUCUGGAGCAGCCUGUUAGUGUGCCAAGGCCACGGAGGCCGAGUCUAUCUCUGCUGAGCUUUAUUGCAUCUGUUCUCUAGAGGAUUCACAGAUGAUCUCUGUGGGUGCCAGAGGUUCGGUUGCAGGGAGCUGAGAAGGCCGGGAAAGAAAAGAGACAUACCAGCUUCAAACCCUGCUCCAUGCCUUUAAUCCACCAACUGUAUAAACAUCCAUCUAUCUCUGCCUUCUUCAAUUUCCAGCAGCCUUCUUGUCUCACACCCGCCGUCCACAAGCAAUCUGAAUUCUGCAGUCCCGUGUACACUUACUUAGGAGCAACUCCCAUUUGGCCUAUUUGAGAGAUGCCCUCAAGAGUCUUUCAUAUGAUUCAAGGGUGUUUUAGAAGAACAAGGAAGGACUCUUCCAACUGCCACUCAUGGCAAUAUUGCUGCAACACUGGCGAGUUAAAAUAUCCCCUGGUGAUUGAGGAGCAGACGGAACACAUAUUAUUGUCAAUUAGAGAAAACGGAAGAGAUGUGGGGAAAGACCAAGGGAGAUAAUCCUCAACCGUUAUACUAAAUAUAUAAUUUUAAGAAUAUAUGAGUAAAGAAGCCUCUUCACCUGGCUCGUUUUCCCCCUAACCCUUUCCCCUUCCCUUUAAAAAAUACUCAUUAAUACUUCAAUUUCUCUCUCUUUUUUUACUUGGCACUGUUUAUUAUUGAUUGGAGGCUACCACCCAACUCAGGACAACUUGCAUUACAAUUCUAAACAGGCUAACAGAGGAAUAAGGCCCACUGAAUUCAAUGGCACUUACUCCUAGAGUAAAAUAUGCUUAGGUUCACACUGUUCGUUUAUUGGCAGGGUCUAGGGUAUCGUCUGAAGGCACAUGAGGACACCAUCUUGUUGAAGAUAAGCAGGUCUGGGUGUAAAUCAGUAGCUGGAUGGGUCACUAGCAGGGAACCACACUUACAGAAUCAUGGAAUCUUAUGCUGCCUUGGGUUCCAUGAUUGAAAAAUAGUGGGAUAGAACUGCAGUUAAAUAAAUAAUAUUAUUAAUAAUAAUAUGCGAUGUAACCUGAUCAUAGCCAUCAACUCCCAGAUUGAAAAAUAAGGGAUCAGCAGCGGUGUCUGGACAUGCGUAGAAGCGACUUCCGGUGGCGCUCUGCCCGAUUUCCGGUGCCCAGACAUGGCAUGUCUAACAGGUAGAUCACUGGACGUCUGCAGUAGAUCACUGGUAGAUCAUGGGCUCCCCCCAAAGAAGUUGAACAACUGUGGCUCCCCUAAAAAAAAGCUCAAGAUUUUACCUCCUCCCUGAAAAAACUCAACAACUUUGAUACGAACCCCCCCAAAAUGGGCAACUUUGACCUGAACCCAAAAAAGGGGGUAGAUCAUUGCCAGUUUUUAACGCUGUGAGUAGCAUCGUAGUCUCUUGGGAGUUUGCCACCCCUGGCUCUAAUCUUUUGGGUUGGCUUCCGUCCGCCACCUCAAUUUGGGUCAAAUUUUCCUUCUCACUAACUGCCUUCUUUGGAUGUUUUCCGUUUCUUGGUAUUAGCAUGUUUGAUUAUAACAACUGUUUUGUCUUUUGCAAAAAAUAAUCAAAGCAUAAUAAAGGUUUUAUUUGAGAACAAUGUUUUUCUAGU